AUGGGGCCGCAGAUGCGCGUGCAGAGGGCAGCAGGGCGCACGGGGCGCACAGGGCAGCAGGGCAGAAGGGCGCGCGGGGCGCGCAGGACAAUAGGGCGCGCGUGGCGCACAGUGCUGCAGGGCACGCGGGGCGCACAGGGCAGCAGGGCAGCAGGGCGCGCGGGGCGCACAGGGCCGCAAGGCGCGCGGGGCGCGCAGGACAGCAGGGAGCGCGUGGCGCGCAGGGCUGCAGGGCGCGCGGGGUGCGCAGGGCAGCAGGACAGCAGGGCGUGCGGGGCGCGCAGGACAGCAGGGCGCACGUGGCGUGCAGGGCUGCAGGGCAGCAGGGCAGCAGGGCGCACGGGGCGCACAGGGCAGGAGGGCAGCAGGGCACGCGGGGCGCACAGGGCUGCAAGGCAGCAGGGCACGCGGGGCGAACAGGGCUGCAGGGCAGCAGGGCGCGUGGGGUUCACAGGGCUGCAGGGCACGUGGGACGCGCAGGACAGUAGGGCGCGCGUGGCGCGCAGGGCUGCAGGGCGCGCAGGGCGCGCAGGGCAGCAGGACAGCAGGGCGCGCAGGGCGCGCAGGGCUGCAGGGCGCACGGGGCGCACAGGGCAGCAGGGCAGCAGGGCACGCGGGGCGCACAGGGCUGCAGGGCAGCAGGGCGCGCGGGGCGAACAGGGCUGCAGGGCAGCAGGGUGCGCGGGGCGCACAGGGCUGCAGGGCGCGCGGGGCGUGCAGGACAGCAGGGCACGCGUGGCGCGCAGGGCUGCAGGGCGCGUAGGGCAGCAGGACAGCAGGGCGCGCGGGGCGCACAGGGCUGCAGGGCGCGCGGGGCUCACAGGGCUGCAGAUCCCCUCCCCCCACUGCUGCACCCGCAGCAGAGGGACGGAGGAGAAUGGGGGGGGGGGUGGGGGGGCGGGGGGGGCUGGUGCUGCAGAUCCCUUCCUGCCACCCCCAUACCCCCCCCCCCCCCCACUGCUGCACCCGCAGCAGGGGGAUGGAGGAGAAAAGGGGGGGGGGGGGGGGGCGGAGGGGGCUGGUGCUGCAGAUCCCCUCCCCCCCACUGCUGCACCCACAGCAGGGGAAUGGAGGAGAAGAGGGGGCGGGGGGGGGGCUGGUGCUGCAGAUCCCCUCUGUCGGAGGUCCAUUGAUGCGCGUGCAGAGGGCAGCAGGGCGCACGGGGCGCACAGGGCAGCAGGGCAGAAGGGCGCGCGGGGCGCGCAGGACAAUAGGGCGCGCGUGGCGCACAGUGCUGCAGGGCACGCGGGGCGCACAGGGCAGCAGGGCAGCAGGGCGCGCGGGGCGCACAGGGCCGCAAGGCGCGCGGGGCGCGCAGGACAGCAGGGAGCGCGUGGCGCGCAGGGCUGCAGGGCGCGCGGGGUGCGCAGGGCAGCAGGACAGCAGGGCGUGCGGGGCGCGCAGGACAGCAGGGCGCACGUGGCGUGCAGGGCUGCAGGGCAGCAGGGCAGCAGGGCGCACGGGGCGCACAGGGCAGGAGGGCAGCAGGGCACGCGGGGCGCACAGGGCUGCAAGGCAGCAGGGCACGCGGGGCGAACAGGGCUGCAGGGCAGCAGGGCGCGUGGGGUUCACAGGGCUGCAGGGCACGUGGGACGCGCAGGACAGCAGGGCGCGCGUGGCGCGCAGGGCUGCAGGGCGCGCAGGGCGCGCAGGGCAGCAGGACAGCAGGGCGCGCAGGGCGCGCAGGGCUGCAGGGCGCACGGGGCGCACAGGGCAGCAGGGCAGCAGGGCACGCGGGGCGCACAGGGCUGCAGGGCAGCAGGGCGCGCGGGGCGAACAGGGCUGCAGGGCAGCAGGGUGCGCGGGGCGCACAGGGCUGCAGGGCGCGCGGGGCGUGCAGGACAGCAGGGCACGCGUGGCGCGCAGGGCUGCAGGGCGCGCAGGGCAGCAGGACAGCAGGGCGCGCGGGGCGCACAGGGCUGCAGGGCGCGCGGGGCUCACAGGGCUGCAGAUCCCCUCCCCCCACUGCUGCACCCGCAGCAGAGGGACGGAGGAGAAUGGGGGGGGGGGCAGGGGGAUGGAGGAGAAAAGGGGGGGGGGGGGGGGGGGAGGGGGCUGGUGCUGCAGAUCCCCUCCCCCCCACUGCUGCACCCACAGCAGGGGAAUGGAGGAGAAGAGGGGGCGGGGGGGGGGCUGGUGCUGCAGAUCCCCUCUGUCGGAGGUCCAUUGGUGAUCCCCGAUUGA